CCAAAACACUAUCUGUGGGUAUCAAUAUCUUUUUUAAUCCAUCAACACAAGCUGCUGACCAUGCUGGGUCAUUUUCUGGGACAAGAGGUACUAUCAUAAAUGAGAGGAAACUCACUAUAGGCUCCAGUUUUAAUGAGCGAUACCAAUAGUUUUCCGACCCAAGAAGCUUUCAGGUACAAUAUGUGGCUUGUUUUGUCUGACCAUUUGUCGGGCAAAGUCAGUAUAGCUCCAGUUCAUCUGUAAAUAACGUCUUUGCGUGCAGCCCGUCAUUGGCGCUGUCCAUGGUGCCGCAGUUCCGCGCUCCUGCGUGACGGAGGAGUAGAAUACUGUACACCUUACUGUAAAAUGUCCCUCAUAAACACUCCCCAUCCCCUGGCGUAAAAUCCGUGCUGCAAAACACUAUUAAAAUCGGCCCCCAAAAAACGUCCAUAUGUGACUAACCGACGUCAUUCAAAAAUGUAUUCUGGAAGUCUAGAAAUGUAUGUCGCGGUGUAUCAUGAUAUGUCUUAACUACACUAUAUAUAUAUUUAAAAAAACGUUUAAAAUGCGUUUGUCAAUGCAACGUGAAUUGUUCCGGUUUCCAGCUCUUCAGUGGCAUUCGUCGUAAUAGCAUUCAUUUAGUGUCAUUUGUUUUUCGUGUUAUGGCGCACGGCUAUUUAACCAACAGUUACCCGACUGGGGCUCCUUCUUAAUAAAUAAUGAAAGUGGACGGAGGGGAGCUGCAGCUGAUUUGCUGAUGUCAGGGAGCCAGUGCAGCAUUUCAUGGUGCAGGGUGGAAGCGCGCGGUGCCAUCUGCCUCCGUCGGUGUUCUCCGCAAACCAAUUCGCACGUGCAAAAGCCCCGAGAGGAAAGAUGCCGCCGACCCGCAAGAUCUGGGCACUGCUCUCCCUGUCGCUCUGCUUCCUGUCCCAACCGUGCCAUUUGAAGAAGGCUUUCCGAUGUCCUUCAACAUGCAGCUGCUCCAGGGAGUCCAUCAUUUGCGUCGGGUCCUCCUACGUUCCGAGGAUUAGCCCCAACGACGUCAGCUCUUUGAGUCUCGUCAAUGGGACUUUCUCCGAGGUCAAAGAGGCAAUGUUUGCUCACAUGCCAUCCCUCCAGCUACUGCUUUUGAAUUCCAAUUCUCUUACAACUGUAAGGGAUGAUGCAUUCUCAGGCCUUGCUCAUCUGGAGUAUCUGUUCAUUGAAAGCAACAAGAUGGAGACUGCAGCCAAAUAUGCCUUCAGAGGACUCAGGGACUUGACUCACUUGUCUUUGGCGAACAACAACAUCGAAGCCUUGCCCAGGGACGUCUUCAUUGACUUGGACUCACUGAUAGAGCUGGACCUGCGGGGCAAUGCCUUUGAGUGUGACUGCCGGGCCAAGUGGCUGAUGACGUGGCUGAAGAACACCAAUGCCACGGUGUCGGAUGUUGUGUGUGCCGGGCCGGAGGACAUGAAGGACAAGCGCCUCAACGAUAUGACCAGCCUGCACGAUGAAUGCGUCUCAACGGAUUUUGUCCUGCAUCAGUCCGUGGCCUCGGAGUCGCUGUCUGUCGACACGUUCAGCUAUAAGAAUGACGUCUACGUGACUAUUGCUGCUCCCAGCGCUGAGAGCUGUAUGGUUUUGCAAUGGGACCACAUAGAAAUGAACUUCAGGACUUACGACAACAUCACAGGUCAGUCCAUUGUGGGCUGCAAGUCAGUCGUCAUUCAGGACCAGGUGUUUGUGAUCGUGGCUCAGCUCUUUGGUGGUUCCCACAUCUACAAGUUUGACGAGGACCAAAGCAGGUUCAGCAAGUUCCAGGACAUCGAGGUGUCCAAGAUCUCCAAGCCCAAUGACAUCGAGGCAUUCCAGAUCGGAUCCGACUGGUUCUUUUUGAUCGCGGACAGCUCAAAAGCCGGCCUGUCGACCCUCUACAAGUGGAACGAUAAGGGCUUUUAUUCGUACCAGUCCCUGCAUGAGUGGUACCGCGACACAGACGCAGAGUUUUUGGACUUGGAUGGGAAGGCUCACCUUAUUCUGGCGAGCCGCUCACAGGUGCCCGUGAUCUACCAGUGGAGCCGCAGCAACCAGAAGUUCGUCCUGCAGGGCGAGAUCCCCAACAUGGAAGAUGUGGUGGCUGUGAAGCACUUCCGUGUCAAGGAGGAACUCUACCUGGCCAUGACGCGCUACAUUGGUGACUCCAAAAUCCUGCGUUGGGGCGCCAAACAGUUUGUGGAGAUCCAGGCCUUGCCAUCUCGAGGCUCAAUGGUUCUCCAGCCGUUCUCAUUCAAAGACCGCUACUACCUGGCCCUGGGAAGUGAUUACACCUUCUCGCAGAUCUACCUGUGGGAUGAUGAGAUGAAACUCUUUGACCGCUUCAAGGAGGUGUACAUCCAGGCGCCGCGCUCCUUUACCGUGGUCGCCACUGACCGCAGGGACUUCAUCUUCACAUCUAGCUUCAAGGGAAACACACAGAUCUUUGAGCACGUCAUCGUUGACUUGAGCCUGUGAGGGGCUGUGCUUUGUUGCUCCUCCAGCAAUCGGACGCCUUCCACUAAUACAUAUACUUGUGAAAGAAAAGGACCAGGACAGACGUAAUGUACUGUCAAAUAUCAGUUCUUCUACGUGUGGCCGUCGCAAAUAAGAGCAGAGUGGUGUGUGGAAUCCU